AUGCAACAGCUUCCCUACGUCGUGGUCACGAAUCCUCACAUAAAAGAAGUAUACGAACUAUACAAUAAUGCAUUCGAUACGUUCCGCAAGAUCAAGGAGAUCAAGACGCUGGAGGACAAUGACAAAUUCUGCCAGAUAAUCAGCGGCAUGCUAAAGGCGCACCUAACCGUCAUCCCAAAGCUCUCCAUGGGCAUUCUGGAAAGCAGAGGUCGCAUGGACGCCAAAGACCUAGACAAGUUUAUGAACACCAUCCUUAGAUCUAGAAUUUCCCGUAGAGUCAUCGCCGAACAGCACCUAGCACUGACAGAGACAUAUCACUCUCCCUGGUUCUCCCCUGGUGCGAAGCUCUCCGAGUCCGAGUUCAUCGGCGAGAUCUUCAUAAAAUGCGUCGCAAAGGACGUCAUCGAGCGCUGCACCCGUGCUGUGGAGACCCUUGCACGCUCCACCUACGGCCACGACGUCGAGGUCCCCGAAAUCAAGGUUGUCGGUCACCUCGAAGCUAGCUUCCCGUACAUUCUCAGCCAUCUCGAGUACAUUAUCGGCGAGCUGCUCCGUAAUUCCGUCCAGGCCGUCAUCGAGCGCCGGCAGCGUAGUAAGAAGACAGACGUGCCGCUCCCGCCCAUCGAGGUGACCAUCUGCGAGGCACAGCAUCACGUCAUCAUCAGAAUCUCCGACCAGGGCGGCGGCAUCCCGAGAGACGAGCUCCCGUACUUGUGGUCCUUUAGCAAAGGGCCCCAGAGCCAACAACGGUUGGAGAACCUGGGGCGGGUGCCCAAGUUGGCUGCCACCAUGCAAGAGCUGCACGUCUCGGACGAGCUGGGCCGCGCAGACCUCAAGACACCAAACUACGGUAGCUCCCUGUCCUCGAUGACCAGUCGGCCGCCAAACCUGCGGCUCGGCAUGGGUCUCCCCCUGAGCAGAGUUUACGCGGAGUACUGGGCCGGCAGCCUGGAGCUGCAUAGUCUCGAGGGAUACGGCGUAGACGCCUUUCUUCAGAUAUCGAAGCUUGGCAAUAAGAACGAGCAACUAACCACCAGAGCGUCCAUGGAUGCUGUAUAA